AAAUGCUCUCUUUCUUACCCAAACAAAAACAACAACAUAUAUAUAUAUAUCAGCCUUUGACUUAUAACUUCAUUUAUAUAUUCUUCCCUUCUUCAUCUUCUUCUUGUUCAAUUCAUUAUUAAAAUGGCAACAAAUUGGACAACAAAACAAAACAAAAAGUUUGAGGAGGCAUUGGUUAUGUAUGACAAGGACAAUAAUGGAGAGAAAUGGCAUAAUAUAGCUAGACAUGUUGGUGGCAAAUCAGUUGAGGAAGUUAGAAGGCAUUAUGAUCUUUUGCUAAGGGAUAUUACACAAAUUGAAAAUGGUCAAGUCCCUUUGCCAAACUAUAGGAAUGCUUCUGAAAGCAAUUCUAGAGGAUAUGCUAAUGAACAAAGGCUUUUGAAGAAUCUAAAGCUACAGUGAGCAGAAAUUUUGAAUCAUAGUCAAAAGUCAAAAGUCAACGCCAAAUUUAUCCAAAGAUCUGUAUAAAAUUCCAAAAAUUUGGAAUCUCUAAUUGUAAAUUCAUGCUUAAUUAAUUAAGUGCUUCUUAUCUUCUGUAUUAAUUAAAUUAUUGUUGCCCAAUUAAGAGAUAAGAAAAAUGUGUACGUAACUUCUGUUUUUCAGCUUUAAAUGGACCUUUAUUUCUGCUUUAGCUAUCAUUGUAUUGUAUGAUAUAUAAAUUGAGAUUUUUCAGGUUAAUUGUUACUUGAGCAA